AUGAAGAUAAAGAGUGAUUAUGUCUUCUUCAUGGUACUGGGAAUCAUUACUGCUGUGGUAGCAGCAGUUGCAUCAGUCGUAAUUUGGAUGGUUCUUAAGAAAGUUCAGGUAAUGAAAAAUGAAAUGGAGAAGGAGAAAACAGGAACAGAGAAAGCAACAACAAAAACAAUCAAGAAACCAACUCAGAAGCUUGAGGAGAAAAUGACUAUUUGGCCUAUGAACAUGAACUUGAAGAAGCAGAUGACAAUACAAAGGUGA